AUGGCAAAAAAAAACAUAAUAGUGAAGAAGAAAAAUGUUUACAAGGGAACCGAAGAGCUCGAGUCCAGGACCUUUAACAAAGAAAUCAGCAACAAUAUUAGAAGAAAAAGUUUUAACCUACCACGUGUAAGGAGAAAUGGAAUCAUAACAUAUGAAGACGAUGAGGAGGAGGAAGAAGAAGAAGAAGAAGAAGAAGAGGAAGACGAUGAUGAUCAAGUUGAUGACAGGAAAAGUGGCCCAAAGAAUAAACAGAAAAAAAAGAACAACAAAAAAUUCGAAAAGGGACAAGAAAAGCUGAGGAAAAUGUUAGAGAAAAUAAAGAACAGAAAAAUUAUUAAAAAGAUAAAAAGCCCUAUAGAAGAAGAAAUCAUCAAAAUUGAAAACAAAAUGAAACAUUUUCAUGACAUGAGAAAUGAAAUUGCAAUAAUUUCCAAUAGCAUCAUGAGCAAUCAGGAACUUCAUAUCGAGAAAUUCGAUGUGCUCUUUUAUGUUUUUAAGGAAAGUAAGGUCAAACGAAAGCAAUUAUUACGCAGAAGAAACGACAUUAAUGGAAAUAUAAGCAUAGAGCUUAAAAGUGACAAUUCAUGCACUUCCCAAAUGAACGAAUUUAAGAGAAAGAUCAAAUAUUAUGAAAUGAUAAACACACUGAGUCUUAUAUCUAUUUGCACAGUACUGAAGGGCAUAACACCAUCGUAUAAAAUUAUCGGAAGUGAAGAUGUAUCAGAUGGAAAAAAUGUUAAGCAUAACAAAAAGUAUGGUGGGAGUCUCCAUAAAAAUGGUACAAAUUCCAACAGCUACAAUGAGACAGAUAUGAAUAACUAUCAUAGAAGAAAUACCAUGAAGAGACAGUACAAAAUGAAUGGGGGUAUUGUUUCAAAAAACUUUUCAAAAGUGAUUCAAAAUGUAAAUAGGAUAGAAGAAAACAUAGUGAAAUAUUUUAAAAUCUUUUGUAAUAUAUUAAAAGAAAAUAUACGUGAUAAUACAACCCUUUAUGUAAAUCUCCUGUGUGAAAUAGUAACAGUUAAUUUAUAUCUAUCAAGAAGUGAAAAACUUUUCGAAUAUCUUAUAUUAUAUGCAAAUAUACAUACGUAUUCAAAAAAAAAAUAUAACAGAAUAAUUUCUAAAAAACAAAAACUUACGAAAAAAGGGAAAACAAAUUUGCAUAUUAUUUGUAUGAAAUGUUUAAAUAGAUUGAAAGAAAUUAUUGAUAACGAUUCCAAUUUAUCUUUUACACUUUAUUUAAUAGAUUAUUUUUCCAAUUCUGUGUUUAAGAGAGGACAGAAUAUAAGCCCAGAAUUGUUAAAAAUAUUUUCGAAAAUUAGCAUAACAGAGAAGAAAAUUAAUGCAAAAUUAUUUUCCAGUGAUGAUAUAGCAACUGGUAUACAUGCAGAAUAUAAGGAUGAUGUCUUGAGGUCGAAAACAAAUAUAUGUGGAGAAUUAAAAAUAAUAGAAAAAAAUACAGAAAAAAUAUUAGAUCAACUUUUUUUAGUUUACUUAUGUGUAUUAAGGGAAUACAAUAAAUAUUCUAUCCCCUUUGUGAAAUAUUCCUUAUAUGGCAUAGCUCACUAUGCGCUCUACGUGAAUAAGUUACUGAUGGAUGAUAUGUUUCAAGAAAUAAAAGCUUUGGCUAUGGGUAGCUCCAGUGCCUCUCGCAAUGGCAAUGUGAUGGAUAAUGGUAGUAGUGAAAAGAUUAACAGCGGAAACAGGGAAUGUGAAAAUGGUGUAUUCCCAUCUCUUAGACUUACCUGUACACGCAUUUUUUUAGAAAUUAUAAAUAAAGUUCCAGAGGAUAGCUUCUAUGUUGACUGUUCUUGGGUAGCUAGUUGUUUGUUGUCACUCCUAGAUGUAUCUAUUCCUUAUUUUCAUAUGGGUUCUACUGAUUUCCUAUUUGAACAUGGAAAUUUUGUGUACAAGAACUUUUCAGACUGUGGGAAGUAUGAACAGAAUGAGAUUCAUCCAAGAUACAAACAAAAUGGUAUGAGUGUGGAGGAAGAUAAUACAGGAGAAAAAUAUUUAACAGGAGAAAUACAAAAGGAGCCAGAAUUAACAAAUGAUAAAUAUAAUUUUUGCUCUGAACUGAUAUACUGCAUUGAUUUAUUGUUAAGAACAAAAAAUUUCUCAAACAAUCACAAUAAUUUCAAGAACAGUAAUAAUCAGCUAUUAUCCCGAAUUGUAUUUGAACUAUAUAAUAUUUCUUUACAUUCAGAUUAUAUGAUAUCUUUUUCCAUUUUAAAAAUUAUUCAGAAUAUUUUAACAAAAUACCCAUUAGUUAAAUCAAUUGUUGAAAAAGAUGGAAUUGUAAUUUCAUCAUUGAAUGAUAAUUUAUCAGUUUUUUUUCCAAAUUUAUUAUUUCAUUCAUUUUUCUCAAAGGAUAUAUCAUCCUUAGCUUUAGACAUAUCAUUGAAUGAUUCAGAUGAAAACUACAACACUGUUUUGAAAAAAUAUAUAAAUGAGCAUUGUAUUGGUAGCACACCAAAUAAAAUUGUUACUUUUAACCUUUCCUUGAAUGAACCAAGAAUCAUUGACAGUGACACAUUCAUGAAAUAUGAUCCCGAUGAAUUAUAUUACAAACGUACACCUAAUGGGUUUAAAAAAUUAUCAUUACCCCUUGACAUGAACAAUAAUUUUUUAAAAAAAAAAACACUUAGGAACCAUCCCCUUUCAACUAACGACACAAGCGUGAACUUAUCUGUUAAUCACAUACCACCCUAUAUGCUCACUGCACUUGACUUUGUUGAGAUUAUUUUUUCUCCCUAUGAGGAUUUGAUGAGAUAUUUUCAGAAGGAUUGGAACAGAGGGGAAAAAACACCCCAUGCGAAGGAACCAACGGAGACGCUGACGCAGCAUCAUACGGAGCAGACAACAAAGAAUUCGGAACUGUGGGCACACCACAAAAAAAUGAAUAUGAGAAAUGAUAAAAAAUGCACUGACGAUCAGAGCUAUGGAAAAAUAAAGAGGAAAAGCAUUCGAAAGGGAGGAAAAAAGUGA